AUGGACUCCACCAUCAAGUUGACAGACAAUGGUUGCAGCAUUUGUCUGACUAUUGGUGUUAGGUUACUGAGGCUGCCACUGCCAAAUCACAGGAAACAUGACUUCAGACACAUUGAAGAUGGCUACCAUCAUUGUCGAAGUCAACGAAGCUUGAGGUCAAAGAAGAAUGCGAUACUUAGAAGGGCAGCCUCUGUCGAUCUGCUCAAUGUUACUCAACCAGCGGAGGUUUGGGUUUCAACUGAUGCAACACCUGAGCUGAUACAUCGCUUCUUGCUUGAAAUUGUCUCGGUGUGCAAUACAUGUUCAACAAACAAUAACCGACUACCCUGUAGAUACGACGAGUUCAGAGCUGCGCAAAGCACCAAGCCAAGAACGACCUGGUGUUGCUUAUUUACUCGUUUCCACAUAAUCAACAUGAGGCAAAAAAUAACGUUCAAGGCACAAAUGGACUGCGAGGUAUGCAGAUACAAGGCACUGAAAAUAGCCACGAAUGUACGAGGGGUGAGCUCGGUGUCAUUAGAAGGGAACGAAAAAGAGCUGUUGGCGGUGACGGGGGAAGAUGUGGACAUCGUUUGCUUGGCUAAGAUGCUAAAGAAGAAGUUGAGGCUUGUCACUCUUCUUAGGGUGGAGGAAGUGAAGCCCAAAAAGGUUGACCAAGGCAAGGAUAGGGACAAGGACAAGGCAAGUGUUCUACCCAGUAAUCCCUGCCUCAUGUGCCAGAGCCCAAAAACACAUGAUUUUCCCCAAAGAGAAAGAGCAGAGAUAUUUGAUUUUUUCAGAAACGAAACAGUGAAGCUGUUUGGUCCACCACUGAUUGGAUCCACGUUUAGAGACGAAAAGAGAAAGAGUUUGCUGCGGAAAUUGAGAAGAAGAAGAGAUUUUAUCAGGCUUCUCUUGAGUUAUCCUGUGAGAACGGUGCAUGAUGGCAAACUCAAGGCUUGGUCUCAUGAAGCUUCACGUAAAAAACACUCGCUCGAAGAGUUGAAUCGUCUACUAAAUGAGAACCCCUUUAAAUUUUUCGAAGGCCUAUUACCAAUGGAGAUACUGGAGAAUGUGGAAGAAGGUUGGAGUUCCAUAUUUGCUGACAACUACGUGAUACCAGAAGCCAUUCUCAAUCUUGCCGCCAAUCUUGCCGUGGAUCAACUGGUUCAAACUUUAUUGUCUGAGGAUGAUCAUGUACGCGACAUACAUCAUGUCUUGUUGUCCACGAGGGAUGGAGCAGAAAAGAAACUGGUUACUGGAAAAAUUGAAUCAGUCUUGAAAGACAAGGAGAUCAUGGUUCGGCUUCAUGAAAUCUUCCUCGGAGUCUUGAUGAUCAAUGCAUCGAAUUAUCAAAGCCAGGUGGAGGUCUCUGUUCGACAACAGAUUGUUCAACAACUUCAACUUCCAAUGGUAGAAGGUAAUGAUGAUUUGCUUAAAAUAAGAAUUGAAGAGGAGAUGUCAACUAAGAAAUAUUUAGUGCUUUUGGUGGAUGGAGACGCCAAUGAGCCUUUGGAUCCACGAAAAGUGGGUUUUUCAGAGGAAGAACUUGCUGGUGUUGUAGUGUUGAUUACCACUGAAUCAGUAAAGCCAGCCAAAGAUGAAUUAGCAUUGGCAAUAGAUCUAAGUAUCAGAACAAAGGAUCACUUUUUGCCAUGGGAGGUCUUCUGUCGGAAUGUUGACAAUGAGUUUUUACGAUCAUCUAAUACCAUCCAGACAAUUGCAGCGCGUAUAGUUGAAGAGUGUGGUAGCCAUCUUCUUGCCAUUGUCACUGUAGCAAACUCACUAAAGGAUGGAAAUCAUGUUAAAUAUUGGGAAGAUGCUGUCAUCAAAUUGUGUUCGCUUCAUCCUUCCUACGACAUUAGUAUGUUUCAUGGUCAGAGUGGAAUCAUGUUCAAAGCAUUCAUAAACUUCAUCUGGUGCGAUAUAAGUGAGAGACAUAAACAUUGCCUUACAAGCUGUUUAUUCAUUCCAGAAAUCAAAUAUGGGAAGCUGGAAAUUGAUCUAAUCAAUGAUUGGAUUUCAUCUGGACUUGUGGAUGUUGGAGAAGCGAAGCAUUGCUUGAGAGAGCUCAUUGACCGUUUUGUCUUGUUGCAAUUUAAAGACACCAAGUCCAGGUAUAUUCAAAUUCCAGAAGAUACAUAUGCUAUUGUGCAAUCAUUAAACACUCAGAAUCCUUUUUUCAUUAAAAAAUCCGGGUUAGCGCUGGUUGAGCCACCAAAUAGUCAGCCUUGGCACAGUGUUGUGUAUAUUGACUUGGCAGACAAUAAGCUAUCCGAGCUACCUUUGGCCCCAAACUGUCUCGAGCUCAAAGCGUUAAAGUUGCAGAACAAUUUUGACUUGACAGCAAUCCCACCUCUUUUCUUCUUCAAAAUGCCUAUACUUCGCGUCUUGGACUUAUCCUAUACCAGCAUAAGAGAACUACCAAGCUCCUUUUUUGAGUUGGAGCAACUUAGAGAACUCUAUAUGAAAGGCUGUGAACGCUUCAUGAAACUAUCCUCAGAGGUUGGAAAAUUGAAGAACCUUGAGAAGCUUGAUCUUGACAAGACUCAGAUCAUACAUUUGCCAAAAGAGGUCCAAGAGUUGACCAAUCUCCAAAGUUUGAAUCUAUGUUUUUACGAGUAUCGCAGCAAGAAAAGCAAUCAAUAUACGAGCUCGACAAUUCUGCCCCCUGGGGUGAUUUCCAAACUAAAGGAGCUAAAACACUUAAGCAUUGGCGUAAAUCCUGAUGACGAGCGUUGGCAACAGAAUGUACAAGUCAUUCUACCAGAAAUCUUGGCAUUGGAAUGCUUGCAAAAGGUUAGUUUGUACAUUCCAGAACCGGAACUUCUGAAUCUCAUGCCAGCUAACAUUUUUAAGCUUGAUUUUAGAUUCGUUGUUGGCCAACACAUGUCGCGAAUCAUAUCCAGUACACCAUCCUUGGUUGAAGAAAACUUUAAACAAAGCGAGCGUAGCUUAAAGUUCGUGAAAGGUGUUGGUGUCCCUUGUGAAAUUAAAGAUGCUAUUAGACACACCAAGGCUUUAUUCUUAGAUCGACAUAUGACUGCCAAGGAUCUCUCAGUAUUUGGCAUGAUGAAUAUAAAGCAAAUAAGGGUGUGCAUAUUGGCUGAAUGCAAAGAGAUGAAAACAAUUGUGGAUGGAAGAUGCUCAAGUUCUGAGGAUAUUUUUCCCCAUUUGCUAUUGUUGAGUGUACAUUACAUGAAGAACCUAAGAAGCAUUUGUGAAGGACAAGUUCGUUCUAGUCAUUGCUUUGGUAUGUUGAAGUCCUUAGCACUGCAUAAUUGUCCUAAAUUAACAAGUAUUUUCACCUUGGAUUUUGUCGGCAAUCUUUCACUCUUGAAGGUCCUUGUAGUUAAAGAUUGUCCCAAAAUAAGUUCUGUAAUAACAUGCGGAUCUUUCGAACUCGUCGAAGUAGGGAAUUUUCUUCCUAAAUUAAGGACCAUGUUAUUUCUCCAUCUUCCGGAAUUGAUCACCAUUUCCAAGGGACUACAAAUGGGUCCAAAUUUAGAAAGAAUAGGAAUUUAUAACUGUCCAAAGCUCCAGAGCCUUUCAAAGUCGGAACUGUCAAGCCAAAAUUUAAAAGUCAUCAAAGGAGAAGUUAAAUGGUGGGAGGCACUGAAGUGGAGUGAAGCAGAAUGGGGAACAGAGGGUCGGCCAUCCCAGUUUGAUUGCAUCUUUUCCUCAAUCAAUCAAGAAGCUGACAUUAUGACUCAAUUAGGGCUUGAUGAUGGUAUUGAUGACAGCCCAGGUGGAAACGUGGGGGAGCCUUUGGAUGCUUCCAGUGAGAUAUUCAAGGACACAAAGCCAAAUGCCAUUGAUGAAGAGACUUCGACCUCGGUUGUGACUUCAGAGAAGCAAAUGAGAAAUCAGAAGACACGCAGAGUUUCUGGCAGUGCAAAGGAAGGAGCAAGAGGAGCUUCAGGCCAUUGUAAUGGGCAGAGAUGUCAGAAAGCAGGAUGCAACAAGAGUGCUAAGGGCAGGACUGCUUACUGUAAAGGCCACGGUGGAGGAAGGAGGUGCCAGUACCUUGGGUGUACCAAAACUGCAGAGACGAAGACUGAUUAUUGCGUGGCACACGGUGGUGGCAGACGAUGUAGUGUAGGUGGGUGCACCAAAGCAGCAAGAGGUAAGUCUGGACUUUGCAUUAGACAUGGAGGUGGAAAGAGGUGCAAGUUUGAAUGGCGUGUGAAGGUUGCAGAGGGUAGUACAGAUUUCUGCAAUGCCCAUGGUGGUGGAAAGCGGUUCAGUUGGGGAAAAUGUGAUAAAUUUGCUAUGAGCAAGUCCGGUCUCUGUGCAGCUCCCAGCAGCUUGAUUGCUCCUGCAGCCUCCUGCAGCAGCAGAAGUGUUGUGUCCGAUUGCGCUGUGAUUGAUUCCAUAGUAAAAUCUGCUGAUUGAAGACGGUUAGCGAGGUCAACGACCUGUACAAGUGGCAUGCAAACCUUUUUUUUUUUUUUUUUGUGUAAGUGAGGGCAUGGUUGUAACUAUCAAGUUAACUUUUUAAAUUUAUUGUUUUUAAGUUUUUAAUUUAUAAAGUUAUGUUAAUUUACUCAUAAACUCAAAUUAAAUGAAAUUCAG